UUUUUAUUAAAUGGUGUAAGUUUUGUGAUCGUGAACAGUUUCAAAAACAGUUUUCUAAUUGGGAAACUGGUAGUUCAGAAUUCAAUAAAAUUAUCAGAGAUUCUCAGCUUUCUAUCAAAUAUCCCAACGUGUAUAUACAGUGGAUUCCUUAUGAAAAGUUUUCUAAUAUUGAAUUUGUGGGUAAGGGUGCUUUCGCAAAGGUCUACAAGGCAGAUUGGAUUGAAGGAAUUGGUGUCUGGGACUAUGCCCUUGGCAAGAGAGUUCAACAUUUGAACGCACCUGUAGCUUUAAAAGAACUCAAUAAAUCAACAAACAUAAGUAAAAAUUUCCUUGAAGAGGUCGUCGCCUAUAUUAAAUCGCCCUCUAGUACAGUGCUUCGCUGCUAUGGUAUCUCAAGAAAUCCUGAAACCAAGGAGUAUGUUAUGGUUUUUCCUUACGCACAUGGUGAAAUAUGUAAAGAAACACAUCCACUUCGUCCGAAAGUUCUCGAGGGAACACCACCGGAUUAUGAGAAAUUGAUGCUAGAAUGUUGGGGCGCAGAUCCUAAUAAACGUCCAACUACAAAAAAGCUGUAUCAAAAAAUCUUAUUUUGGCUUAAUGAAUUCAACAAAAGUCCCUUACCAGACACAGUAAACCAAUUUAUUACAAGCAAUUCGGGAAACCCCGAUGAGACACACAUUUUUAACAAUGAACACUUUGCAAGUAAACUCAUAACAACAAAAACUAUCAAAGAUUAUACACCCAAAGACGAUAAGGUUGUGGACGCAAACUCAGUAAACAAAGAUGUCAAUGACGAUGAAU